ACAACCUUAAAGCUAUAAAUUAUUACGUAGCCGGUCACCAAACAACACGUUCAAAAUGAUCCAUAGCAUGUGGUCCAGUAAGAAAGGGACUCCUAUUACUGUUACAUCAUUCUAUUCCCACCUAAGUCACACAUAAUUUAAACCACCGGUAUUAAAAGGCGGCUAGGUUAGGACCCAAACGUGCCCUUGUCUGUCACUGGUCAACAAAACAAUCUAAUCCCUUUUCUCAUCCUCAUCGUCAUCUCCAUCUCUGCAUAUAUAACCAACACAUAUCUCUUCCUACCAGUAUUCCCAACCCAAUUGCUUCACCAUGGAAGUGGUCACGCAUAGUCCCAGCGCAAGUCCCUCCAGGGAUCCUUUCGAUUUCAACCGUGCAAGGAUUUCGCCCUAUCUCAGCGCUCCUUCUUCGCCCAAGCGCUUCGGGGAAUAUUUUUGCCUAAGCGCCCCCUCUAGCCCCUCCAGGUUUUUCGCCCAAUUCGAUUCUCUUUAUCAUUUGGAACACCGACAUGGACACGGUGCUGAUCAUAAUGAUAAGACCGAGGCCGAGGAUGACGAUGGGUUUGCCUUUUUUGUUGAUGGGGAAUCCAAGAGCCCUCGAUCUGCGGAAGAACUUUUCGACGGCGGCAAAAUCAAGCCGCUCAUCGAGGACGAUUUGUUGGACUCCGUUAAAAGCCCGCUUCUUCCUCCGGCCCAGCCCAGAAGAUCUUCCAAAGCCCAAGGGAAGAAGAAAGAGGGAGAAGAGGAGGAGGAGGAAGAUAGAAGAGGGAGGGAUAGGAGUGUUUGUUCGAGUUCAAAUCGCAGCAGAGUCACGCGCUCGCUCUCUCCUUGUAACAGAGUAUCUCACUAUAUUUGGGACGAGGAAUCCAACCAAGCGCAGGAGAACAAAGAGGGUUCGGUUUCCGACGCAGUUUCGCUUUCGUCGACUUCUAAGAGUUCAAGGAAAUGGAGACUCAGAGACUUUUUGCUUUUCCGCAGUGCCUCUGAAGGGAGAGGUUCCAGCAAGGACCCCUUGAGAAAGUUUCCCGCUUUCUACAAAAAGCCUCAAGACCCCAAGACUUCCAUCCCAAGCCCGAGCCCAGGCCCAAGACCCAGAAGAAAGGAACCCCUUUCCGCCCAUGAAUUGCACUAUGCGAGAAAGAAAGCGGAAACUGAGGAUUUGAAAAAGAGAACGUAUUUGCCGUACAAACAGGGAAUCUUGGGCAGGUUGGCUGGCUUCGGAUCAAGAUGAUUACACAGCUACCAAACGAUUCCUUUUGGUUUUUUUUUUUGGUUGCGUGAACAAAUUGUAUUCUUUUGUUUAAUUUUAAUAUAGCUUUUUUGUUUUCUUUCA